GGACGAAGAGCGAGCGGUGGUCGCGGGGCGCCCGCACAUGCCGCCCGGCCCUGGUUUUCUGGAAAUCGUCAGCGGUCCGGGGCCAUUAAACGCGUUAUAUGUGUCUUGCAAUUUGAUCCCGCGGCGCUCGGCGCGGUGCCCCGAUCGGAGAGUAAUUUACGCGAAUUCCUGGGCAUCCGGGUCCGUGCGCGCGGUCGGGCCACCUGGGUUCCUUCAAACGCCCGAUGCAACCGCCGUCCCUUCGCCCCCGUUGUCGCGGCAUCAUUCGACCCUUUUGUCGCGCCGUACGUCGACGAUCAUCAUCAGGAAGACGGUGUGCGCAGCAUUGUCUCGCCGAUUCCUCGAGUAAAUGAAUGCAAGUUUUUGAGUGAUGCAGGGCAUGAUGCCAGUUAAGACAAAAUCUCGCGUUCCUGAAAAUAUGGGGGUCACGGGUGGACUGGUAGAUGCCCGUGCUAAGCAAGUUUUAAGAGAAGCUGUAGAUACAGUUGUUAACAGCUUUGCAAAGCACAGUCAAGGUUAUGGAAGAGUAAAUGUUGUGGAAGCAUUACAAGAAUUUUGGCAGAUGAAACAAGCCAGAGGUGCAGAAUUGAGAAACGGCGCAUUAGUCAUUUAUGAAUCUGUCCCUGGUGCUAAUCCACCUUACAUUUGUUAUGUUACACUUCCUGGAGGAUCUUGUUUCGGAAGUUUUCAAAAUUGUCCCACAAAAGCGGAAGCGCGCAGAUCGGCUGCAAAAAUUGCACUAAUGAACUCUGUAUUUAAUGAACAUCCAUCGAGAAAAAUUACCGAUGAUUUUAUUGAGAAAGCUGUCGCAGAAGCAAGGGCCAGUUUUGGAAAACCUUCAGCAACACCAAACGGAAUCAAUAGUCAAGCACAAGGAAAUGGAGAUGAGAAAGAAGAUCCAAAUACAGGUAUAGGUGCAUUUCGCUUUAUGUUGGAAUGUAAUCGUGGAAGAACAAUGUUGGAAUUUCAAGAAUUAAUGACAGUCUUUCAAUUGCUUCAUUGGAAUGGAUCUUUAAAAGCUAUGAGAGAGAGGCAAUGCAGUAGACAAGAAGUAGUCGCGCAUUACAGUCAUCGGGCAUUAGACGACGAUAUGCGUAGCCAAAUGGCAUUAGAUUGGGUAGCUAGAGAACAUGAGAGUGGUGGCGGAGUUGUGGCAAUGGAAUUGGCUUUAGCCGAGCGUGAACUUGAAACUGCGCGAUUAGCCGGACGCGAACUUAGAUUUCCGAAAGAAAAGAAAGACAUACUAAUGCUCGCACACGCACAAGUUUGUCCGCAAUAGGUUUUCCAAAACGGAUGUCAUCAAAAUAAAUAAUGCACAAGACUGGUCUUUCGCGAGGGAUGAUAAUAGUUUUGACGAAAAUAGUUUCUUGAGGUUUCUUUUUUUACAAUGAUCGAUUUUUAUGGGCAAUUUUACUUAAUCCUUUUUAAGAUACUAGCUUCGUACAGCUCAAACUCCGUCCUUUUUAUGAAAUAUAUUUCUUUGUAGAGCUUUUUUUUUAUAUAAAGCAUUUCUGGUGAUAAUAGAUCUUAAAUGGGAUAUUUUGAUAUAUAGGAUUAAUGAGUAUACAUUCAAAUACUAUAUACAUCAUUAAAAGUUAUAAAGAUAUACUGCGCAAUAAAGCACUCGCAUUUACAUAUCGAAUAUCUAUAUGUAUAUAUUUCGGGAUGCAAGGUUUUGUCUUCCAUUGUCUGUUCAUUAUUUUGUACGAGUUUUGUUUUCUUAAUUGUUGUCAGAGUAUGAUCAAAUAAGAUCAUGUAUGUAUUCGGAAUUUUAAAAAAGAUAAUAAAUAUAUAAAUUAAAAUAUUAAUAAAUAUAUAAAAAUGUGUGCGCUUGCGCAUGUGAUAUUUACAAUAACAAAACUACAAACAAAAUUUUAAGAUAAUGAUUACACAAACACAGGGUAUAUAUAUGAAAAAACGAUAUAUUUACUGAUUUAUAAGAAUACUAAAAUAAAUUUGUAAAUUUUAAACAACUUGCAUGAUUAUAUUGAACUAUAAAACUUUUAUAGAAGCAAACUUUUAACACAUCAUAUAUUUUAAGGUGAAUAGGUUGUUCAUAUAUUGCAAGUUAUAGACACUUACUUUUAGCAACGUACCAUGCUUAUCUCUAAUUAUGAAGAUAUAACACGAAGAAAGAAUAUAGGUGGUUAUAUUAUCCCCAUAUUCAUAUCCUGUUGUUAUAAAUUAGUAUAUUUUAUAUAUAUAUAUAUAUAUAUAUAUAUAU